AUGGGGGAAGCAUCAAAAAUCGUGUCGGUGCUCUUCCGGUUCAUGCAGCUCGUCUCUGCUUCCAUCGUUGCUGGCAUCCUGGGGACUUAUCUCCACUAUGUCAGCCAGGCCCAUGCCCAUAAGAGUGGACGAGUUGUAUAUGCAAUUUCGAUAGCAGGAAUCGCCAUAUUCUUCUCACUUGUUUUGAUGGCGCCUCUAAGAUACUCUUUUUUUGCCUUUCCCUUCGACUUUGCAAUGUUUGUCCUCUGGAUAGUUGCCUUCGGACUACUUGUUAAUCUCGUCGGAACUGGAGGCUGUCAUUCAAACUGGUAUUGGAGCAACUGGGGCUACUACUGGGGUCGAUGGUAUCGUACAGUCCCAGUCUCAGCCGUCACACAAGUUCAGGUCGGGACUGGUGCAUGUGGUAGAUGGCGAGCGGCUGUCGCUUGGUCUUUUAUUGGAGCUUUCUUCUGGCUUUUUAGUACCGCACUAGGCAUCUAUGUUGUUACCCGAUCUUGGUCUAGGAACAGCGACGGCAACCAUACUACCGAAGUGAAACGACGGGAGGAGAGCCAUAUGGCUAGUGGUGUGGCGCCCAACAAUCCACAUGAGAACAUCAAUCGUACCGGAGCAGUUACCCAAGAUCAAGAAAGCGCCGCUGGGCUCGGAACAUCUGUCCAAAAUCAGCAGGUUGUAUCUUGCAGUCAGUGUGGAACUGCUAACAGGUUAGGAAGUCAGUUCUGCAGCCAUUGUGGGUCUCAACAACAACCGUCAACGAGCAUGGUGUAAAUGAGCGGCCGAUAUGAGACGUAUGGAGGCAGGAAGGUUUUAUGUUUCAAGAACGUUGGAUUUUAGCUCCAUCAAUCAUUCGUUCGUCUAUUGCCAAAACAACUCUCUGGCGGUGCUCGAUUGCACAAAUCUCUCUCUCUAUCACCUUCAU